AAUUGAAUCACUUGUCCUGAAAGAAGAACAUGACUGAAUUUACUUGAGCACACUUUGGUGCCGCUGCUUCAUAAAUUCUCUGUGGUUUGUGCUUGUUAAUUAAGCAAGUGAAACGAUGCAGGCGAUGCUGGGCCUUCUCAUGGACUCGGAUGACGACGGCGAAGACGAGGGGGCUGACAGCGACUGGAGCGCCUCCUGCGUGAUCCUGAAGUUGGAAGCAGGGUGUCCGGGUGAUGAGGUGGUGCCGGAGGAGGCGACGAGCGAGGGGGAGGGGGAGGCGCUGGAGAUCCUGCGGCGGGCGAGGAAGCGGCGGCGGAGGGAGGCCAACGCCAAUGCGAUUGUGCUCGUCCAAGACCAACGCUGAACAGAGGCUCGUACAGCAACCCAACGGUAACGCGUGGCUCGUACAGUGGGUCGACAGACAGUGUUUUAAUAGAGGUGUGGUUAACGGGGCAUACAGGAGAGGUUACAGAGGCCGGGAGAGGUAAAAGUAUACACACUAUUUCACCGUGUGGUGAUGUGAUGUACAGACAGAGACACGUACUUCUCUUCUUUUUCCCUUUGCACCGACGAAAUGGAGGCUCGUACUGCUAAGCAAGUUGAAGAUUUUUCGGAAAAGGAGUUGAACUCUACAGAUGUUCUCACUAAAAACUUGAUCGAGGAUGAAGCUUUGUUAUUGGAUCAAAAUACACACGUCUCUUAAAUCAUGAUCAUAGUUAAGGCUUAGCUUGUAUACUUAUUUCAUUACGCCAUAGCAAUAGAGAAGGAUACACAUUGCUUCACUUUUGUUGAUCUACGCAAGUCAUGCCUACUUCACCUAUAUCGUAGUUGGGGGCUUAGUUCUCUCUG